AUGGUGGCUCAGUGCUUGGGUGCCAUAUGUGGUUGUGGCUUGGUGAAGGCAUUCCAGAAGGCUUACUACGUUAAGUACGGUGGUGGAGCUAACGAGCUCGCCGAUGGGUACAGCACCCGCACCGGAUUGGCAGCUGAGAUCAUUGGUACAUUCGUCCUCGUUUACACUGUCUUCUCCGCCACAGAUCCUAAGAGAAAUGCCCGAGAUUCACACGUACCUGUCUUGGCACCACUUCCAAUUGGUUUCGCUGUGUUCAUGGUUCACUUGGCCACUAUCCCGAUUACCGGCACAGGUAUUAAUCCUGCCCGGAGUUUUGGAGCUGCUGUGAUCUACGGCAAGGACAAAGCCUGGAAUGAUCAAUGGAUUUUCUGGGCUGGACCAUUCAUUGGUGCUGCCAUAGCUGCAUUCUACCACCAGUUCAUUUUGAGGGCAGCAGCAGUUAAAGCUCUAGGGUCUUUCAGAAGCAGCACCUCCUAG